AUGGGUCGACAUAGCUGCCGUGAAGCGACAUCGGACGAUAUAGCAAAGGUGUAUGAUUUGCUAAACGAGUACGUCAUCGAACAGGAGUUAGAAGACGAAUUCAUGAAUUCGAAGCCAGCAUUCAGCGAGCAUUAUAAGCGUGGACUUUUUACACCAAUCAUCGCCGAGGUCACAAAUGACGGAGAAAAUGAGAAGGAUAUCAUUGGAUGUGCCUUUAUUUCGUUUCCCUUCAAUUACGUAAUUGGAAUCACUGGUUUCAUCCACUGCUGUUACUUGAAGCCGUCUUAUAGGGAUCUUGGACUUCAGCAAAUGUUACUUAAGUUGGCAACAAAGGUUUCUAUAGAGAAAGGAUCUCACGGCUUGCUGGCGGCUGUGUGUGGGAGAGACUAUAUAUUUAAUUCCGCUUUCGAGUCCGAAGGCGCGACUAACUUAAACACCAGCAUGGCCAAAGGUGCAGGGAGUGAUUUCUGGAUAAUGCCAAAUCCCUCAGCAACGCCAGAGUUUUUGAGUGACGAUUAUGUGAUCCGAGAGGGCGCUGUCCAAGAUUCGGAAGGUGUUUACGAUUUAUGUCAAGAGUUGGUGAAGUUAGAGAACAUUGAGGAUAUUCGGACUCCAUCAUUCACCAAAGAAGAAUUCAUACGUAAAGGGGGAGGAGAUAGUCCCUUGUAUGGAACAGUCGUCUUGGAACAUCAACGUCGCAUCGGUGAUAAUGAGAGCGACGUCAUUCACGAUAUCGUCGGUUGUAUACUGUAUACCAAGAUGUACCAUGCGUUAAAAGGAGAUACAUAUUGGUUACAAGGGUUGUAUAUCUGUCCAGAACAUAAGGGAAAAGGCCUGGGGAAACCACUGGUUCGUGCAUCACUAGAGGUUUGCAAGAAACGCCAUGGAGACGGAUUCAUAUUUAUUAUUCUCAGAAAUAACCACAUAUCGCAAUCACUCUUUAAAUCACUCCAAGGUGUUAAUAUGACAAAAUCUAAACACAACAUGCAAUCAUACCUACUCCUUUACAUGUAA